AUGCAUACCAAAUAUGAAACAGACAGGACAAAAACAAAACCAAGAAAUGGCGACUGGAUAAAAAUCCGAGACAAAAUAGCGCAGGGUUUGAAGAAAGCUCUGAAGAAAACUAAGGAAUUUUUUGUGAGAAAACUGGUACCAAGAAUUGUGCUGCCAGAUAUUCCCAAAAUAAAGUUACCUGAAAUUCAUGAAAUCCCUAGUAUAAAGCUACCUGCAAUCGAAAUACCCUCAGUAAAUAUUCCUGAUAUUAAAAUUCCAGAUAUUAAAAUACCAAAAAUCGAAGUUCCCAAAAUUCCACAGGUUAAGUUGCCAAAAGUUGAAAUACCACCAAUCACAAUACCGGCUGUCGACAUCAAAAAAAUUAAUUUGAAAACUCCUAAAAUUAAAAUUCCCAGAAUAAGCAUUCCAGAAAUAACGCUACCAAAAGUUGACAUGCCUAAUAUUGAAAUACCAAAAAUCAGCCUUCCCACUGUAGAUCUCUCAAAAUUUCGAAUACCUAAAAUAACAAUCCCGAAACUAGAUUUUGGAAGUUUUCAAAUCCCUAAAUUCACAUUACCCAGCAUAAAACUUCCAAAAAUUACCUUUCCAAAAAUUGACCUCGGAGGAAUCUUCAGAGGAAAACGUUCUAUUACGGAUUGCAAAGAAUGUGAACAAUAUAGGACAGACAGCGAAGAAAACAUUAUUAAAAAAGUCUGUGGUGCCAAAUAUAUUAGAGAUACAGAAUCAAGACAAUGGACGCUUGAUAAGUUACGACAGCUGUAUUCUGGUCUAGAGAAGAAUUUCUUAUAUAAUGUUACAUACGAUGAACAUUCCUUGGAUCCCAACACUUUGGCUGUUCAACUGAUCAGUAUUGAAUACAAGCUUCCAAAUAUAACAGAUAUAUACACUUACAAUGCGACGAGGGAACUGUUGUACUUGAACAAUAUGCCACGGUCGGCUGAAAUUCUUGCAUCAAAAUUGUAUCAGGACUUUGUCAACUAGAACGAUUUUUGUAUAUUAAAUAUUUUAUCAAUGACCAGAAUAUAUUUCGAAAAUACAAGAAAGAGAA